GAGAGAGACUCACACAUCAAUUAAUUCUCACUUUUAACUCUUGGCCGCCAGUCGUCGACCAACCAGCACCGUUUAUGCAAAUAAAGGGGGCGGGACUUAUGCUCCAGCAGGGCUACUACACUAUUCAGGCAGGGGGGCGUCUAGAGGAGGUGUGGCUAAUUUGUGCAGUUGGCAAGAAUGUGGAGAGGGGGCGGGGCUAACAUGAGAUUGACAGAAAGAGAGCGAGAAAGAUAGAGAGAGAGAGAGAUUUAGAAAGUGAAGGAAAAGGCAGGAGAAUCUCCAUCUCUCUCUCUCCCUCAUUUUUUUCACUCUCUCUCCCCCUUUUCUCUAUCUCUUCUUUUCUCUCUCUAUUACUCUCUCUCUCUCAUUUUUUCCUUUACUCUCUCUUUUCCCCUUUCCUCUCUCUAUCAUUCUCUUUCUCUCUCUCCCUCUCUCUCCUCUCUUGCUCUUUCUCUCCCCCACUCUCUCUCCCCCUUUUUUCUAUCUCCCCUAUCUCUCUCUCUCUCCUUUCUUGCUAUUUUUCUCCAUCACAUUCUCUCUCUCUCUGUUCCUCACUCACUCACUCUCUCCCCCUUUUCUCUACCUCCCCUUCUCUCUCUCUCUCUCUAUCCCCUCUCCGUGGGUGUGUAAGCAUGCAUGUGUGUGUGAUGUGAGUGUGUGUGUGUGUGUGUGUGUGCGCGCGCGCGCUCUGCUCUUCCUCCCUCUCGCGCUCCUCAUCCUCUCCGUCUCUCCGCUGCUGUGGUGCUGAGGCUGACACACACUCUGCUCCUCGGUUGCCGUGGCGAUGGGCUGUCGGCUGUCGGGGCCGUGGCCGAGGGACGGAAUGGGGGUGAAUACCCGGGACCUGAGCCACAUAAGGAAGAGAGAGGCUUUACGAAUUCUGGCCAGCUAUGAGCAGCCAAUCACGCUACAAAUAGAGGGACGAAGGGGGCGGAGCCUGCAGUUCCACCGAACUUCGGACUGCAGUACACAGACAGAGCGAAACUGGGACCCCAUACACACUCUCGCCAUAACACACGGCCCGUACUCCGACAGGCCGUACUACAAUCACAUGACUCUGCCUGGUGACCAUGGAGACGGAAGCAGAUAUGAGUACCUACCCAACGCCCCGCGGGACCUCGAGGACCGGCACGCUAUUCCAUGCCACGACCCUGAGAUGUCUGCUGGGGGUCCCCAGGGACAGAACUGUCUGCUCGGCUGCUGCAACAGUAACCUGGAGGAGCCCAGUAGCUUCCAGAGUCAGACAGAGGACGAGGACUACAUGCUGGAAAAGACGAUGGGUUAUCUUCCCCUACAUCACGAGCUGGACAGUGGACUAGGCUGGACUGAUGGCAGCUUCCACCAGGGGGAGCUCUCUGGUGUGGAGACAGAGGAGGGGCUUGAGGAGUGCCACCCCCACCGAGCAGGAGGAGGAGGAGGAGGAGGUUCACCUUCAUCAGAGUCGUUUAUUUCCUCGGAGCUGAGCGACUCGGGUUUCUACAGCGUGAGCACCGGCGAGUUCCUGCGGUUCCAGCGGUUGCUGGAGAAGCGGAUGCGUCUUUACAACGCACGCAUGCACCACCAGGGGGAGCUCAGGGACAACCAGAAGGGUCACCGUGAACUUGAGGCCAUUCCAGAGGCUCUAACGGUCCAGCCGCAGAACGUCUGCGUCCCUGGAGGGAUCGGUGGGCAUCCGAGAGGCUUGUUCAGGGUGUCUUCUGUGCAGUUUAAGAAGGCAGAGCGUCCCUCUUUAAACAGGCACAGCUCCAGCAGCGGUGCCCUGUUUCCUCCCCAUGCCGGCCUCUCCACCUGCAGUACACCCUCCAGCCAGAGGAGGCUCCCAUCGCACCACAGCGCCUCUACAGGGAUGCUGAGGAGAAGCAGAACACUGCAUCAUCGCCAACCACAGAUGGAGCACCGCCGGAGAGCGAGUCACCCGGCGUCGCCAAACUACUGCAUGACCCUGCAAAACUAUGGGCACAGAAUUCAGCAAGAGCUGACCGAGGAAUCGGAAACAGAUAUGAUGCACCACGCUAAUCACCCAGCACACCACGCUAACCAAGCCGCACACCACACUAACCAAGCCGUUCACCAUGGUAACCACCCGGUACACCCUGCUGACUACACUGCACACCAUGCUAACCACCCAACUCACCAUGCCAACCAAGCCACUCACCAUGCUAACCAUCAAGCACACCCUGCCGACUACGCCACACACCACGCUAACCAAGCCAGUCACCAUUCUAACCAUCCUACACACCCUGCCGACUACGCCACACACCACCCUAAUCAAGGAACACACAUUGCUAACCAAGCCAAUCACCUUGCUAACCAUCUGGCACACCACGCUAACCACCCAGCACACCCUGCCGAUUACGCCACACACCAUGCUAACCAAGCCAGUCACCAUUCAAACCAUCCAGCACACCCUGCCGACUACGCCACACACCAUGCUAACCAAGGAACACACCAUGCUAACCAAGCCACACACCAUCCUAACCAUCUGACGCACCCUGCCGACUACACCACACACCACGUUAACCAUGCCACCGCCCACCGCCCGCACCACACACACCCAGCUCACGCCACACUCGCAGCCCAUGCCACCCUCCCUACACAGCACGCCCAACACGCCCACCGCCCACGCCCAAAACACGCCAUCAGCCAGCCCAGCCUAACUAGCUCCUUUGAAGACCCCCACUGUGAUCUGCCCCAUCUGCCCCAAGAGCCCCGUCGCCAUGACGGCGGGGGCAGAUCGCCCAAUGGUCUCCGGGAGGACCGCAGCUUUGCGAGUGAGCCCCGCGCUGGCCGCCAAAGAGAGGGUCGCUUCCACACCCUGAGUCACACGCCAUCGCAGGAGGUCAACGAUACGUGGCCCAAACCGGCCAGCCGGCAGAGCACGGCGGGUCUCUACAGUACGCUAGAGGGUCACGUGAAUGCCACGUCCCCCACAUCAGCACCGAAACCACCCGUUGGGGGUUCAAACCCACGCGCGGUCCGGAACCAGCUCCUCCGGGACCGGGCGCUAAGACUGGCAGACGAGCGCAGCGGCAUGAGCACGGACGAGGAAAGCCACUGCGAGAUCCGAACCGGCCGCUACUGGAGCCGAACGGAACGCCGGGAACACAUGAUGCAGAAAAAAGCGAGGAGCAGCGGCGGGAGCAUGGCCGGCAUGACACCGGGGGGCGCCAACGCGGUGCUGGAGCUGAGUCAGAAGAAGCUGAGCCGCCUCCGAAACAGGAAGCUGCUGGACGACUGGACCACGGUGGAGGAGCUACUGACCCACGGCAACCGUCUCGGUGCCGGGGACGACGCACUGCAGAUACCGAGCUCACUGCUCACCGUCACCACUGUAUAGCGACACACGGCGUGAGUGCGGCGUAAUGCAUGUGUGUUUCUGACCAGCGUGUGCGUGUGUGUGUGUGUGUGUGUGUGUGUGUGUGAGAUAUACUGCCUUCACCACAUGAGGCUACCUCCUGUUCUCGAUGUUUACUGUAGAUAGGUGUUUGUUGUGUUUUUUUUCCGGAGGCUUUUAUUAUGGAUAUGGUUCAGAUUGAGCACUGGCGACACCUAGCGACUCUUUUGGUUUUAUUUAGAACGUAAAAAAUACAAAACGCUGCAAUUUCGACCAAUUCGACCACUUCGAGCAAUACUGCACUGCGGAAUCGCUGGACCUUGAAGUCACUUUGGUUCUAUGGCGAACACUUGUGGGCACCUCUUUCGUUUAAGCGUAAAGAUCAUCAGUUUUGCGAUCAGAUUAGCCGGUGCUAACGUGCUAACAUGCUAACAGUAAUGUGAUUUACGUUAGACAACGUUUUUGUUCAGAAAAAUAUUAGGCAAAUUAAAUGUUACACUUUUGUUCGGAAAGCCAACAAAUGUGCACAAAUGAUGUCAGAUAAUCUGAUUGUCUUCCAUUUGAUACGGGAACUUAAAAAAAUGAAAAAGUAAAGUGGGUGUGGCAUUUCCAUACUGAGACUCCGCCCAUCGCAAGAGAGAUGAUCAUAGCCAUGCGUUCUCACUGGCAGCAUCAGACUAACAUUCAUUUUCGACAAACGGCAAGAGACAGAACAUAAAGCGACAAUGCAAAUUAACAUGACAUGACACAGUGAGGUGACACUCUACAAUGAUUGGCUGAACAAAUUCUUCGGACCAAUCGGCAUUUAAGGCAUCUAAAGCUCUGUUAACUUUUGAUUUCUGUCGUACUUUGCUAAUAUUUUCAGUGGAGAGGAUCUAAACACUGCAGAGAGAACUGCUUUUUCAGCCUUUUCUGUUUUAUAUGUUGCAUUUUUGCACAAAUAAUGCAUCAUCAGAGCAAUCUCGAGAAAAAUAGCAUUUGGAAGAAAGUAGUAAGAGUAUCAGACAGCUCAAAAGCUAUCUUGCUAACAUGCUAACCGCCAGCACUGAUGUACGUCGUCUGCCAGUGUGAACGUAGGGUAAGGCCAUAAACGUAUUUCUCCUAAUGCAGUGUAUUCUAACGCAGACGCUUCGAAAUGACAAUUUUUCACAAUACAACCCAAACCCACCACAAGGGGGCACUAUAGUGUCAACCAAGUCCAUGGCCAAUCUGCCUUGUGAACCGCUAGUUGCCAAACUGUUUCGCUCCUCUGUUCUGAUCAUAUUUAUAUGAUACCUAUGACACAUCGUCGUCUUCUCAUUCCAGUAGAAUCAGUAACACAUUACUCUCACUCCUCUACUGUCCUCAUGUUUACAGAUUCUCCGAUAUGUCCUCUAGCGCCCCCUUGUGUCCUGAGUGUAUUUGAACCGCCAUAGUAAUGCGAGAAAAUAAGAAUAAGAACCGUCUGUUUGCUGUGCAUCAGCGAAGCGUCGUUUCUGUGAAGUACGUUUCAGGCCUAAUUCUUCUGACUCAUGAAAAAAACUAAUUUCUCUGGGAAAUAAACAAACAAACGAACAAACAAAUACAAAAACCAACAUCCAAACGCACACAUUUACAUCAAAACACACACACCUACACUAGUAAACGAGGCAAACGGAGACGGACUAUCGGGACUAAGAGCAGGAGCGCUGGUUUUGUUUUAGAAUAUUAACCGUUAGUUGUGUAGAAUACAUUUACAACUAUUUUUCUUGUGCUCACGAUCAGUGUCAUGAAAAUAAAUGAUUUUUUUUUAAUAUUAUUUGUAAAAAAAAACAAUAAAAAAAAAUCUUGACUCAACUGUAUUAAUGCAGAGCGGAACUCUCGGCGAGUGCGCUCGAUACCACCUCAGUGUUGUUUUCGUUGUUCACAUGUGGAAUUUAUUCAGUUUUGCGAGAAAAAAAAAGAAAUAAAAUUUUGUGCAAAUUCUCAUUAGUUUAUUAUCAAUUCUUCUUAUUUUACUGAGGAACACGACGGGAUUUAGGGUUAUAGUUAGGGGUGUGUGCAGGCUGACUCGUGAGUGUGUGUGUGUGUGUGAUUGUAUAUAAGCUGAAUUAUCUUUCCAGUUCAGUAAUUAUACAUUUAUUUGAUAAAUAUCAGAUGAUCCACAUUUAAUAAAUAUGUUUUCCCACCAGGUGGUGUUUCAUAAAGCAGGAUUUUGCACUUCAGUUCAGCCUAAUAUUUUACUGUUUGUGUUAAUAUUAUUAUUUUAACUUAUUAACUUUGCAACAAUAAAGACAUUUUUUUCUGAUCUGAUAAACUGAACCAAUAAAUCAAUAAAUCAAACUUAUAUUUAUUAUUUUGAUUAGUUAUGUCAGUUCAUUUUUUAGGUUUUCAUAGCUAUACAUAUAGCUAACAGAUGCACAGCUGAUCACAGCUGAUCACUGAUUCUAUUUUCCAAAUUAUUAAAAUUAAAUAUGUUUUAACAAAGAUCAACAGCCUCCUGUAUAUUUAUAUUAUUGUCUGCUAAAUGACUUUAAAUAAAAUGACAAUUAGAGAAAACAACUUAUUGUUGUUUUCCAGUAGACAGCCUUUCAAUUUUUAAGGCAGUCUUUAAUCCCAUCGCUCUCUAUAACUAAUUAGUGCCAGUUCCACCAGUAUGAAACUUCUGUUUCAUGUGUAUUAAAUUCCAGCUUUCAAGAAAAUACGACAUCUUUUAGUCCAGAAUGCCCUUUUGUUUUCGGGGGCUGUAUUUUGUGGUGUGCUCUGCUAAACCCGAAUCAUCAUGCAUUUCAGGAAAAACACAUGAAAAUAUGAAACAAAAAUUUGUAAUACUUCUCGUCAAGCUAAACAAGCUGUGUUUGUGCAUUUGCACAUCUGUGUCAGCACUCCCAGACAGCAUAAAGACGUUGAAUCAGACGUUCCAUCGGUAAAGCAUUGGAACAACAUUAAUCUCCAACAUCAGAAUUGAUUUAUUUGUGCACAUCAGUUUUACAUUGGAUCAAAAUUAUGGUUUUAAAUAUACCGUUUUUAAAAAAAUAAGAGAACAAUUAAAAAUUAUGAGUGUCUUUGAUUUUACCAAAUUAUAAAACCUCUGGAAUAUAAUCAAGAGGAAGAUGGAUGAUCACAAACCAUCAAACCACCAAACUGAACUGCUUGAAUUUUUACACCAGGAGUAAAGCAGCAUAAAGUUAUCCAAAAGCAGUGUGUAAGACUGGUGGAGGAGAACAUGAUGCCAAGAUGCAUGAAAUUUAAACUGUGAUUAAAAACCAACCAGGGUUAUUCAAUAUUAGAAUUUCAACAUUAAUCAAUGAUGCCUUUUAUAGGCAGAAUUAAAUGUUUAACAUUGUUCUAAGGUUGUUUUUUCCAUCAACAACCUUAAAAGAUGUAACCCAGCUAAUGCAACCAAAAAAUAACGUUAAUUCAACGAAUUCAAACAUUUGGUCAUAUAAUAGACAUGAUAUAAUUGAUUAUAGGAUUAUAUUUGAGUUGUAGAGUCGUGUGUGUUUAGGCUGAACUGAUCGGGCUGGUGAGAGAUCCUGUGUGAAGCGCAGUUCUUUCAGAUUUUAAUUUCUUUCUUUUUUUGAUAAAGAUCAGCUGUUUAUUUCUCUCCUGCACCUGCCUGGAUCUGUCUGUGGUGCACGAGCCACUGGAGGCACACGAGCAAAAUACCAAUAAAAAUAUAAAAGAAAAUAAGAA